AGUCACUUCUCGGAUCAAGUGCAAGGAAACGGAGCAGUGCAAAGCAUGAAAUAUUAAAUUAUAAACACAUCAGCGGAAAAGAGGGAAGGUGUUCAGGAAGAGAAGACAGACAGUGUGGUUUACAGUUCGUGAUUACUUUAACGACAGCAAGGGAAAGCACAAUAUUUUCUUUAUUUUAGGAGAUCAACUUAGCCGAUGGAACUGUCAGCAGUUGGUGAGCAAGUGUUUGCUGUGGAAUCAAUUAUUAAGAAAAGAGUCAGAAAGCCAACAAGACCUUCUAUCUAGAACACUGUAGUUAUGGGACAUGUCGAGUAUUUGUUGAAGUGGAAGGGAUGGCCUCCGAAGUACAGUACAUGGGAGCCAGAGGAGCACAUCCUAGACCCUCGACUGGUUUUAGCCUAUGAGGAGAAAGAACAGAGAGACAGAUCAGUGUGCUGGCGUAAAAGAGGGCCAAAACCAAAAAGACUGCUCAUGCAGAGUGCACACCAAGGUGCAGAGAAUUCAUCUGCACAACUGCCUAUCUCAGUGACACGACCGCUUGACCCACAGUUUGGCAUUGUGGAUGAGAGGUUCCACUCCACGGGGGCAUGUAUAUACCUUGGAUUAAACCAGCACAAGAGAAAGAAGAAAGCAUCCAGAGAGACUUCUGAGGAAGAAUGGGAUAGAAGGGAAGAAGAUUAUGACGAGGGGGUUAUGGAAGAGGAGGAUGAGGAGGAGGAAGACGCAAGACAGGAAGGAACUAAAACUGGCAGCAACACUUUAAACAAGCAUAUCAGAACAGAAGGCUGGAGUCCAACCACUGAAUCAGAGAAAACAACUGCAUCUGCUUUGUCAGAGCACUGGAGUCCAGUUAUGGGCCCUGAGGAGGUAACUGUGACUGAUAUCACCAUCAACUCUCUAACAGCGACUUUUAGAGAGGCCUUGGUUGCAAGAGGCUUCUUCAGAAGCUGGGAUAUGGAGUUCUAAUAGGACGAGGAGAAGGUGAGGUGAGGAUGGUGAGAUUGAAAGAGUAUUAUUAGUACGUCCGUUUUAGCAGUUUUUAUUAUGUUGUUGCAUGGUUUCUGGCAGUGUUUCAGACUAAGUCUAUCUGUGCUGCAAAUACAAUAUGAAACAUAUUUUUUAUCAUAUACAUGUAUUUGCACUAUACAGUCAGAUCCAUAAA